AUGUCACAAGGACAAACAGAAGGCAUAAGGGUUAUACAGCCUCAAGAAGAUGUACGCCUACGCCAACCUAUUUCUGCUCAGGAAUUUAUGCGCGGAACCGACUUCGCGGCCGAUUUUUCCGCUAUAGACCCUCAGCUUCGAUUCAAAGAUAUCUCAGUCGAUAAUAUAACGGAGAUACAUGCAACCACGUACGCAGCUAAGGCCCUUAAAGCCUAUACUCUUGAGAAGAUGUGGGAUGAUGAAGUCUUCCAUGCUUUCCAACAAGACUUUGAAGGAUGGACGCUAGACAUGUUCCUUAUGGUUGAAAUUUCAUACCGGCGGGAGCUCCGCCGGGUUCUCCGCCGAAAGGGAGUAUAUACUGGGACGAACCACCAGCGAAUCGAACGAUCCUUGAUUAAGCUACUCGAAGCCGACAGUUUCCCUACUUGGGACCCCGAGGAAUUCACAAAACAGAUAUUUGACGUACGAUCAAAUGCUUCCUGGCAACAACAAGCCCUCGCAACGCCUUCUUCCCGAGAGAAUAUCCAAAAUCCGACCCAAGACCAGUCACCAAGGGACCAGCCUACAACCCAAGCCCAGGCUUUGCAACAGCAGCAACAGGUUGUUUCCCAAGGACCCCAGAGGCCUCCCGAGCAAGCCCAACAGAUGACCCCCCAAGGAACCUUAUUCCAAGCCCCAUUUUCCCAGGAAAGCUUUCCCCAAGACAUCCCCACUCAACAGACCCAGACGAAGUCUAUUCCCCAAGCCCCCUUACUACAGUCAUUUCCUUCAAGGCAGACCCAGCCUGACGGGCAUCAGCCGUACAAGGCCCUGCCCCCUCGUUCCGUUCCGAACGAACGGCUUGACCCCGCCGUUUCUGCCCAGUUUCUAAAGACCUUUGACAAAGACCAAAAUGAAGAUCUUUUCAACAUCUGCUUCCAUGCACAGAUCCGGGAGACCCAAUUCUAUGCGGUAUUUCCUAGGAUUCUUAACGGACGAGCAGAAACCUUCUACCUUCAUUACGUCGAUCAAGACGAUACAUUUGCAAUAGCGUAUCACAAGGUUAAGACGCAUUUCGACACCGAUGUUAACCAUCAUCACUAUUACACCGACUGGACAACUGCUACCUUCGAGUUAUUCGACCCGACCAAGCAUCGAGGAACACGGAUUUUCAAGUCACGAUUAGUCCGAGAAGUUAAAGGAAAGUAUAUAAAGCCGUACGAAAAGUCUCGCCUCGUAGUCCAAGGCUAUAACGACGACGAGAAGAACACUCUUUUGACCCAAUCGCCUACCAUCCAGCGGGCUAGUCAAAGACUAAUCAUAGCCCUUGCCCCAACGCUCCUUACGUCCGUCCUAACCUAUCUUCCCAUCGAACUACAGGAUAAGUACCCAAAGGGGACUAUCAUCCGGAUCGUCCGCCCUCUUUAUGGCAUUGCAGAAGCAGGCCUACAUUGGUUCGCAACAUACCACAAGCAUCAUAGGGAGCAGCUACGGAUGUCGACUUCAACGUUCGACCCAUGCCUCCUUAUAACGAACACGGACCCCAACCAAGCGUUUGGCAUAGUGGGCAUGCAGACGGAUGACACCCUGAUCCUCGGAACAGCAGGCUUUUCUGUACACGAAGAAAACAAGAUACAAGAAGCUAAGUUUAUCGCCAAGCCAAAGACAAAGCUUUUAAUUUCUUCGGCCCUAGACUUCAACGGCUGUACGCUUGCACUAGACGAAAAGUACAUGGAACAACGCGCCCGAGGAGCCUAUAUCGCCUCAAUCUGCCAGCCAGAAGCUACGUGUGAUAUGUCAACCGCGGCACAGGUCCAACAGCCCACAGACACGGACUGCAUCACCCUCAACAAAAGACUCAAAUGGCAACAGGACAACCUACAAAGAGGGAUCCAAUACGUGCCCCUAGACCUACAGACAGCUAAACUAAUGGUCUUUACGGAUGGAUCAUUUGCCAACAAUAAGGACCUCUCAUCACAAAUCGGCUUUCUUGUUAUGCUUGUUAACGAAAAACAAGAAAGCUCCGAGGAUCUCGGCACAACAAAGGAAAAGCGUCUUAUGAUUGACAUUAUGGCUCUACGGCAGUCAUAUGAGAGACGGGAGAUAUUAGAAGUCCGAUGGAUCAACGGCAACGACAACCCAGCUGAUGCAAUGACGAAGGCGUCACCAAACAAGGCCCUUGAGCGCUUCAUCUCGACUAACCAGCUGACUAUCCGGGUAGAAGGGUCAGUCCAUAGGCCAGUGUGA